AUGGUCCCCCGCCAUCAAAAUUGUCGACAGCCUCGGAAGUUGAACAUCUGGUUGCUCACUAGUCCGUCUGUUCAGACAACAAUCUUGCUCUCUUCGGCUCAGGUCAUUAUUGCUGAUUGUGUUUGGCAAACUUACUGCUUUAGAGUCGCGGUUGUGCAUGGUGCGAAUGAUCACGUUGCUAGGCGUGCCUUGUGGACUGAUCUUCUUUCUUUUGUUGAUGGGAACACGGUUUUUAUUGGCGACUUCAACGCCGUCAAGAGUGCUCAUGAACGCCGUAGCUUGGUGGCGCCUUUGAGAAGCUCGUGCAGUGAGUUUUGCGACUUCAUCGAGGCUUCGGAUAUGGUAGAGUCGCCUUCCUCUGGCAUCCGUUUUACGUGGUCUGGUCGGAGAUUACUUCCUCGGCACGUGGAGUCUCGUUUGGACAGGGCGUUCUUCACUAUUAGCUUUGCUAAUUUGUGGGCUUCGAUUAACACCCAUGCGCUUCCAAGGCUUACUUCUGAUCACUCUCCCUUGAUUUUCCAAUGCAGCGAUGAUAUGGGUAAAGGGAGACGUUUCAAGUUCUUAAAUAUGUGGACUUCGCACCCCAACUUUCUUGAGAGAGUGGCGUCUUCUUGGGAUGCGGCGACUGAUGUCCGUUGUCCUAUCUUUAAAAUCAUGUUCAAACUCUGUCGUCUGAGAAAUGAUCUCAGGGCGUGGAAUAAAGAGGUGUUUGGGCAGGUUGAUAUGCAGAUCAAUUCAGAGCAAAUCUCGUUGCUCGAUGUUCAGAACAUGAUUUCUGACCAGGGCUACACAGACAUUCUUUUUGAGGAGGAGGUCAGUCAUCAAGCUCGGUUGUCUUCUUUGCUUGCCAGGAAAAACAGUCUUUUGCAACAAAAAAGUCAUGCGCACUGGCUUACGGAUGGUGACCGUAACACUUCUUUCUUCCAUCGGGCUAUUCGCUUCCGAAAGCAAAAUCACAGGAUUGAGCACUUGAAGAUUGGCGAUGUUGUCUCGUAUGAUCGGGGGAAUAUUCAGCAGCAUAUUCUUGACUUCUUUUCCUCUCUUUUUAAAGAAGAAAGCCCCAGUAACGUGAAUUGGGAUCUGCUGAAAGGUAUUAUUGAUCAUUUUGUGUCUGAGGAUCAGAAUGGGAAGCUCACGCGUAUUCCUGAUGAUGAGGAGAUUAUGGCUGCGGUUUUUAGCUUGGAUGCGAACAGCUCGCCGGGUCCGGACGGGUUUUCUGGGAAGUUUUUUCACAACUGCUGGAGCAUUAUACGUUUGGAUAUUCUUUCUGCGGUGCGUGCUUUCUUCCUCAAUUCUUAUUUGCCUGCAGGUUGCAACGCUAGCAUCUUAAUUUUGAUCCCAAAAAAAAGAUGUGGUGGAGACGGUGGCUGA